GACACCGCGAUACUCCAGAAGUAGCGGUACAUGGCGAAUAACAAAAACGUGGUUGGCAACUAUGUGACAGAAAAAAUGGAGUUCGCUACGAAAGAAAUCACGGAUGAAGUGGACGAUUUACUCAAGAUUAUUGAGGAACUAAAGCUGAAAUCUGUGGUACCUACGUUACUGGAGUCGUCGUUGUCCAAACUCCUGGUUUUGAAGCAUCAACUCAAAGAUGACCAGUUUCUAGGAACAAAUGGAAACAAGGAUGCCGUUCAAGAACUAGCAAGGAUCGUGCUAGACAUUACAUACUGCCGAGAAAACAGGCUCGCAGACAACGAUUUCUCCGACAGCGAUUCGUUGGAGCGUGUGAACGCCAUAAUUCGGAGCCUGGAGCAUGUUGAGAACAUCACAAAGCACAUGGGAUUUGAAACGGUUGUGGAGGGCCUUGGCAAAGAGCUGGCCGAAUGCAUUGAGUGGCGCAAGGGUGCCCUCGUCUAUAUGUUUUGCCAGAGCAAAGAAGGUGAUGAUGAACAGUGGCUACAGGAUAACCGGGCCACUUUCCUGAAGCUUUUGGAGCAAGGAGUGGCUCACCUGACCGAGAUGCUUAAUGUGCGCCGUCCAAUCAGAGCAGACGACACCACUGUGCUCCCUGGGUCUGCAGAUGCACUGGAGCUUCUUCAAAAAGGCAUCUUCAGCGACGUCCACGCGCUGUCACUCAUGUACGCUGGCGAGAUGUGCUACUGGCUCGUGACAUACUCCGACAAGUGGGACCUGCCGCUGGAGUCGGCAACGGCGCUCCCCACAGGAGUCCAACUUCUCCGAGGUUACAUCGGAGCCGUGGAAGGCCCGCUCCAAGACGCCGGAUGGAACUGCGCGCGUGCCAAACAGCUGCUGUCCGAACUGACGCAGCGGCAGGAACUCUGAGCUGGAACAUCCGGUUUGCUCUGUCCAAGUUCAUCGCUCGUACGGUCCACUUCCUUGGAUUGCCCAGCGUUGUGCCAAUCUGUGGUCAAGGAUUGAAUUCUAGAGUCCACAUGAGAUCAACUGUGUCAGUCGGGGCAGGUCCGGUGGAUACGUUUUAAGGCAAGGCUCGACAUAGGCGUAAAACCACAGACGGCCCGGUGUCGUACCGGUGUUCGCGGGUUGAUUUAUGCUGAUGCAAGUGAGCAUCGCCAUUGAGGUCUACAUGGAACUGUUAUUACGAGAUGAGGCAGCACACUCUUUCGGUGGCGCAGCCUUGAGCUAGGAUGGCAAGUUGGGAGCGGCUAAACAGACCCUUUGUAUAACCCCAUCAAGGAACUUUAGUGGUUACCAUUUCUUCGACACGAAGGGCGCAACUGGAUCGGGGUCUUUGCCGAACGCCGCCGCGGCACUUGUUCUCGAUACGAGCCGAACCGGGCUCACGCCAAACGCCGACGCAACCUUCGUCCAACAAGCGCUCGGAGUACGUGACCGAACUUGGAUAAUCUGUGCGGUGGCCACUAGGCGGCGCACACUUUUGAAAAGGGUCCAUUUUGCGUCAGUAGGAAUUGAGGUUCCAGCCUCGUGCGGUCGGUACGCAGAAUCGGUGUUGUUGAAUCGAAACCGGGCCAACGUCCAACAGAACGUUGGUGACGUGGGUGGGGUCUGGAAUGGUCCGGUAUUGUAUCAUCGUUAGCAGGCAACGUAUGCUUAAAUUACGACUUUUAUCGCCGAAGUCCCGUCAACUAGUAUUGGUAUGCCACGGGAGAUACCCUUGGCUAGCCGGAUGUAAGAUCCAAGUCAGGAGAGGGCCAAUAUCGUGCCAAAAUUGGCAGUCAAUAUAAAGCGAGUUGAAGUUUUGAGGCAAAGGCUUACGAGAGAAUGCUUGGAGUCGGCCCGAUGUGUAGUAUACAUAGUUUAGUAGCAUAGCACGAGUUGAGGGAUGUAACAGUGACACGACAACACAGGCCAAUAUGUGACGGAGACAAGCAUUUUGCAGAUGGUUUCAACACUAACUGACGUUAGCAGCUAGACCGAGAUUGGUGACGUAGUGUGACCAGCAGUGACUGUGUUUUUUUUUUUUGGUGGUCAAAUGUAUCUUGGGAGAAAUGUUAAUCCUUCAAUAAUUUUUUCUUUUUUUGGGGGGGCUUGCAGAUUGAACAAUUGAAGUUUUCGGUUUUUGUUAGGUACAAAUAAUCUAAAUGGUGUUUGCGAUUUAUUAGACAGUACGAACAUUGGUUUGACCUCUGUAGCAAGUUGUGAAAUUUUCAAUGUCAUAAAAAAAAUAAAAAGCUAGCCAAUAGGGAUAAAAUCUUGACAUGCUUCAAUUUUUGCUUGUGACGCGUUGCAGUUGAAACCCAGGCGCUCUCCAGUGCUGGUUUAUUUUGCAACCACAUAUUUUGUAGGCUGUCAGCAGGCUUGUUGCAAAUAUGAAUGCUGCACAUACUAUUAUUCCAUUAUAUGCUCGAGUCAUGGUUACAUCAGGUGCUUUGGAACGUUGCAUUUACAAGGAUGCUCCAAGGUAAACCACUACGACAUAGUGACACCUGUUUGCUCACAUUUGUCAUCAGUAAGAGUAGAAUGUUUUCCUAAAAUAUAACCAGUAUUGGCAGUCUUAGGAUAGAUAGUAGAGGUCAUAGUCAUUACCAGAAGAUGGCCCGGUAUGACUGCAUCAACGAGUUUGAAAGUAAGUUACAGUUUACAUAGCACAGGAACCAUGCAUCUGGUGUAUUGAUUUCAAAAAUUAAGAUACUAUGUGUUGCAAAGCAACUAAUUCACAGAAUAGAUUAAAGAAAAAUAUACGAAAUCGCUCCGAUUUUUUCGCUAAAGGAUCGAGUAACAAAAAUGCCCUCCACACAAACUGCCAAGUGUCAAUAUACGAGGCUGUUUGUAACUUCGCUGACCAAAACCGAGUACAAGCUUGGUGUUGUACGUCGUGUGUCAUUGUUGUAAAGAGUUGAGUGAAUUCCAAUCUUGAAUUUUACGCUAAGCAAGGUGUACCACAUCACUAAUAUAUGUGCAAACUCUCAAGACACUGUAAUGAAAAACUGUCCUGCCCCCCAACCUCCAUCAGGACAUUGUGUGCGAGGUUGUGUGUAUGUCUAAAUGAAAUGUGAAGAAUACUACCGUCUACAUACGUUGUAAAGUGCCAAAGGAUUGUUUCUUUGUUUUAUAUAUAUGCGGAAGCGUUGGUUGAAAUAAAAGCCAUUCGAAGUGCA